AAUCAAAACCCUUGUUACUUUGGUCUACGCAGUUCCCCUGCUAAUGUGUCAUUCAAGAUCGUAGUGUUCUCUACGGAAAAUGUAGGACUUCACUGAUAAAGUUCGCGUUUCGGAAGAAUCUGUGGCUUUUGAAGAGAAUAUGGGGUACAAAAUCAAUCAAAGAGUUCAUUUUGUUGGUGAUUCUCGGAGAAUUGGUACUGUGAAGUAUGUUGGACCUGUUGAAGGUUAUCCGGGAAUAUGGGUUGGUGUUGAUUGGGACAAUGGAGAAGGGAAACAUGAUGGUUCCAUUAAUGGAGUUCAGUACUUCAAGGCGAAAGGUGAAAAAUCGGCUUCAUUUGUCCGGCCUCAGAAUUUAAGUGCUGGUAUCACAUUUUUGGAGGCACUUGAACUCCGAUAUCGAGGCAAUUCCACCAAAGAAGAAGAAGAAGAAAUGUAUGUUCUUUCAGCAAGAAAUAGACGAGUAGCAAUCCAACUUGUUGGUAAAAAUAAAGUUCAGGAUAAGCUAAGUCGAUUUGAAGAGUUGGUAGGUGCAUCUCUAUCUUAUUUAGGUGUUAGCUCAACUGUACCCCCUGGUCAGAUCAAUGCUGUAGUGCCAAAUUUGAAGGAGCUUGAUUUGACUGGAAAUUUGCUUUCAGACUGGCAAGAUGUUGGUGUCAUCUGUGAAGGGUUGCCAGCUCUUGAAGCUCUGAAUCUUACCAAUAAUUAUAUGGUGAAGCAAAUUGCUGGACUCCCAUUACUGAAAAGCAUCCGCAUCUUGGUUUUGAAUAGUUGUGGUAUAACAUGGGGACAGGUUGAAUUACUUGAGCAAUCACUUCCUGCAGUUGAGGAGCUCCAUUUAAUGGGAAACAAUUUGAAGGAAAUAAUGCCUUCAUCCUCCAAUUUUGUUGAAGGAUUUAAUUCUUUGCGGCUUUUAAAUUUGGAGGAUAACUGCAUAGCUACAUGGGAUGAAAUUCUGAAGCUUUCUGAGCUAAGAAGCUUAGAGCAGCUUCAUUUGAACAAGAACAAUCUCAACCACAUCUCUUACCCUGAUUAUGUUCCAAGGCUUGAUUUGCACAAUGGUCUAGAAAGGACAGAGCAACACUUUCAGCCUUUCGAAAACCUACGCUGCCUUCUUCUAGGGGGUAACAAGAUUGAAGAUCAGGCAUCUGUGGAUACCUUGAAUUAUUUCCCUAAUUUGGUGGAUAUUAGACUUUCUGAGAAUCCAAUAGCUGAUCCAGGAAAAGGCGGUCUCCCUAGAUUUAUUCUGAUUGCACGUUUAGCAAAAGUUGAAAUUCUAAAUGGAAGUGAGGUAAGUCAUCGUGAACGGAAAGAAUCUGAGAUCCGGUAUGUUCGCUUUGUAAUGACUAAGAUGCAAGGCAAUCCAGAGGAGAUUAAGAAGCUCCAUCCAAGAUUUGUGGAGCUUAAACAACUACAUGGAAUUGACGAUGAGAAGCAAUCAGUAGGAGCUGCAGGCCCUCAGAAAAUGGCUGCAGGGCUUCUUUCUCUCACUCUAAAAUGUGUUGGAGCAUCACUUGGAGAAAAGCCACCACUUACAAAGAAAUUGCCAGCCACUACUACAGUUGGCAAGCUUAAGGUUCUUUGUGAGAGCUUUUUCAAACUGAAAUCCUUCAAGCUGAAAUUGUUUCUUCAAGAAGAGGGUUCCCCCAUGCCUCUAUUGCUUGAUGAUGAAAUGGAUUCUCUGAUAGAGCUAGGAGCUGGCAAUGAAGCAACCAUUCUAAUCGAUGCGGACGAUUGAUUUAUCAUCUAGAAUUAAAUUGAAUUUUCUUUUCAUGG